AUGGAGGAGACAGCCCGAAAUGAAGCACUGUCGCAGCAUGCGGCAAGUAUAAGUGAGGAGCACAGAAUGAAGGAGGCAGAUAGACGGUUUCCUCCUGCUUCAGAUACGUUGGCCGUGCAAGCGCAGGACGUAAAGCCGGAGCCACCAGCGACCAGCACUGGGCAGCCCAAAAGACAGCCACGGAGCAAUGCCAGCGAGAAAGUGCAGAAGCGCGGCAAUAGCCUGGAAGCGCGUGCUGCACAGAAGCAGGCCAAGCGGGAGAAGACGGCAGUGAAGCCCAGCGCCGCCAGCACCAUCCUCGGAAGUUCUCGCCAAAACCGUCGGAGUUAUUUUGACGGUCAGGCCCGUCAGGCAACUCCGAGCCUGGGCCGGGACCAGGCUGCAGGCGACUUGCAAAGUCCAAAGUGA